AUGAGCUUUUUCCCCAGCCAAUCUACAUCUGUGAUCAUUCCGGCCGAUUUGGAACCUAUCCACACAAGUCGCCUGUACCUACGACCACUGACGGUGGCUGACGCCGCGGCCAUCUUCGAGAUCCGCCGACGACAAGACGUGGCGAACUGGCUCUGGCCCAAAGUGCCGCACAAAGACAUGUCGGAGUCCGAGGCCAUCAUUACCAAGAAGACAUUCACGACGCCGGAUGCGUCAGGUGCUGUUGGGCGGAUGUUCUUCUUCGCCAUCAUCCGCUCCGAGGAUGCGUCAGAGAGGGUUAUCGGAGGAGCAGGGAUCAAUGCUCUUAGCCCAGCCCCGUCAGUGGGAUAUAAUAUCCAUCCUGACUUUUGGGGCAAGGGCUAUGCCACCGAGGCAGUUGCUGGUAUUGUAGAUGCGUGGUGGAAACUUGAUCGAAUGGGGUUCAAUGGGACUGUACCGGAUCUAAAAAGGGAGAAACUGUUUGCGGCGUGCAAUAGAGCGAAUAUUGGUAGCGUGAAGGUGCUGCAGAGGACUGGGUUUAGGAUGUACCAAGAGCAGUCGAUGGAGGGCGAUGCGGUUGCACUUUUUGAGUUGGAAAAGCCUACCGGAUAG